AGCAGUUGAUCUAGGAGUCGAGAUGUGUCGCCGACUCCACUGGCUCGCCCUGUACAUCCUACUUGUCUUGCUGCUCGGCUGCCUCUUCUUCCUGAGAAAGAGCCCCAGCCUGGGCACAUACCCUCUGGCCCUAAACGGGGAGAGCAGUUCCAUGCACCAGCCCCCGGCCUGGGCCACCAAGGGGUCCCGGCCCAUCCGGUGUCCCUCCAACCAGUCGGCGGCAAGUGGGUAUGGAGUCCUGCCGCCCCGCCACCGUCUCUUCUUGGCCUACAAGCACUGCCGCCACUUCUCCACUCUGCUGGAGCCCAAGACCUGCCCCGCAGACACCUUCCUGCUGCUGGCUGUCAAAUCCCAGCCUGCCCACUUGGACCAGCGGGCGGCCAUCCGCAAUACCUGGGGCCGGGUGGGUGCCGGGGGCCGCCCCCAGCCCCUGAAGCUGGUGUUUCUGUUGGGGGUUGAGGGUGCCACGCCGCCACCCCAGCUGUUGGCCUACGAGAGCCAGGAGUUUGACGAUAUCCUGCAGUGGGACUUUGCCGAAGACUUCUUCAACCUGACCCUGAAAGAGCUGCACUUCCAGCGCUGGCUGGCGGCCGCCUGCCCUCAUGCCCGUUUUGUGCUCAAGGGGGAUGACGACGUCUUUAUUAACGUGCCCAACGUGCUAGAGUUCUUGGAGGGGAAGGACCCCAAGGAGGACCUCUUUGUCGGGGAUGUCAUCAGCCGGGCUCUGCCCAUCCGGAACACCCGGGUCAAGUACUUCAUCCCCCCGUCCAUGUACAGAGCCCGCUACUACCCCCGCUACGCAGGAGGGGGCGGCUACGUGCUCUCCCAAACCACGGCGCGGCGGCUGAGGGGAGUGAUGGAGGAGGCCGAGCUGUUCCCCAUCGACGACGUCUUUGUGGGGAUGUGCCUGCUCAAGCUGGGCGUGAACCCAACCCACCACCCGGGAUUCAAAACGUUUGGGAUCCGGCGGCCCCUGGACCCCCUGGACCCGUGCCUCUACAGGGGCCUGCUGCUCGUGCACCGCCUUAGUCCCCUGGAAAUGUGGAGCAUGUGGGCUCUGGUGGAGGAUGGGGGGUUAAAGUGUGCUGCCGUCUUCCCCGGGAUGGCAGCAGACUGAUGGAGGAUCCAAGGACUGAAAGUUAGGUUCCCUCCUUUCAGCUUUUGACUUGAUGCGAUUGUUUCGUCUGAAGCUGUAAUCCCACAGGCUAGCACAGACACGAAACCCUCAGACCCGCACUUUUUGGAAGGGUGGGGAGUGGGCGGGUGAAGAGGAGACCCCUCUAAAGCUAGAGACCCAGGUGGUUUAAUUGCGAACUGGGUCAUGCGAUUAGUGUGGGACCGUUGCCCCAGGGGGAAGGACUGUGAACUUUGAUUUCCUCAGCGAGAUAAUCUCCUAAAAAUGCCUUCUUAAAGCAUCUCCCUGGAAGCCGAGGAAACGAAGCUGCAUUUCCCGAACUCAGCUCAGAAUUGUCUUAGCUUGGAUGGAUUCACGACUUUCGUCUACCGAUUUCAGGUAUCGUAUUUUCUGGCCUUGUCUAUUCAUCCUAACAAAAACACGGGUGGCCUGAACAGCCUAGGUAAAAUGGCAAGACAAAAAGUUUAGCUAAGUUAAAUGGCUGCAGGGUAUUCACCUAAAGAUUUGUUGGUAAUGACUGAAAAAUAUUUUUUUUUAGAGUACAAAGUUAUUUUCCAUUUUGGAAAGGCAGUGAUUACUAAAAAGGAAGAAAACAGAGAAGUCUGAUUGUACCCAA